AUGGUUAAAUCCGGAUUAUCUGAAGAAUUAAUGUCAACACCGGGUGCCGUUCCCCGCGUUAGUCAUCAUCGGCUAGCAGCACAUUUGGGCAGUGCUUUUAUCCUUUACUCAGGGAUGUUUCUGACUGGCCUACAAAUUUUGCGAGAUUCAAAGAUAGCCUAUGAUACUUUUCCUAAGGAAAUAGCAAAAAUUCUUGCAAACCCUUCUUUAAAUAGAUUUCGUCGUUUAGCUAUUUGCACAGCAGUGUUAAUAUUUUUGACCUCCAUGUCUGGUGCUUUGGUGGCUGGCCUGGAUGCAGGACUAAUUUAUAACGAAUUUCCAUAUAUGGGAAAAAAUAUAAUCCCCUCUAAGUCUGAGCUAUUUUCUAAAUCAUACACAAAGUUUGGUGAACGUGAUUUAUGGAGAAAUUUCUUUGAUAAUCCAACAACUGUACAAUUCGACCAUCGAGUGUUGGCCAUGACAACACUAUGUGCGAUAACAGCUUUAUGGUUAUAUUCUCGUCGACUUACGCUUCCUCCCAAAGCUCGUUUGGCAAUUAAUUUUGUUCUCGGAAAGGAUUCCGAUCAAAAUAUAAUUUGGUUUAGUGAUAUGAAUCUAAAUCGGUUAAUCGCAAAGUUGAUCAAGUUUGAAGCAACUAAUCAAACGUUUGAUUAUUUACGUACCAUAGCAGCAGAUGUUCACGUCGUGAAGGGUGAUUAUGAUGAGUUUCCAAACUUGCCUCUCUCCAAAAUCAUAACUCACGGUCCGCUUCGUAUCGGGGUUCUUCAUGGUCACCAAGUGAUUCCUGUGGGUGAUGCUGAAUCUUUGUCAAUCAUAGCACGACAAAUGGAUGCGGACAUUCUAUUAACUGGCCACACUCAUCGAUUUGAAGCGAUUGAAUAUGAAGGCAAAUUUUUUGUUAAUCCUGGGAGUGCAACUGGUGCUUAUUCUGGAUUUAGCACUGAAGAUAUAAAGCCAUCUUUUGUUUUGAUGGAUAUUCAAGGCUCUGUUGUUGUGACCUACGUUUAUCGAUUGGUUGAUGGUGAUGUUAAG